AUGCGACAAGAUUCAAAGAAAGAGCAUGCGAAUGCUGAAGAUGAUACGAACGUGAUGAAGGUAGUCAAAGUUGGCAUGCUUCCUCCUCCAUUCAUCCAUAUCAAAAGCCACGUAGGAUUUGGCCUAACAGAAGACAUCUGGGUUGGGUUGGUUAAUCUUCUUUGUGCUUGUCCCCUAGCCAGACAGGUGUGGAGUUUGUCGCCUUUGAAAAUAGGUAUGGGGGCUGUUCAUGUCAAUUUUUUUAAAGACUUGUGGGAUGUUAUGGAUCUAUGGUGGCAGGGGCAUGCAAAUAAGGAAUGGUGUUUGUCAUUGGCGGCAGUGCUUAUGUGGUACAUUUGGAAGUGUAGAAAUGGAGUUCUUUUUGAACAUAAGCUCUCUCUUCCUUGGUUGGUUUGCAAGAAGGCGGUUGAGUACUUUCAUGAGUUUUCUUCUGCAAAUUCUAUAGAUACUACAGCUGUGAUUUUGAAUGGGGAAGGAAGCUCUAACUCAUGGAGGAAGCCGCUGGACGGGAUGUUCAAGAUUAAUGUGGAUGGGUCAUGGAAGAAAGGGGAGUCGAAAGGGGGUUAUGGCAUUGUGAUUCGGGAUUCCAGAGGCUUGUUUGUUGCUGCCUCGAUUGGGGUUUCCCCGUGGUGCGCAAGUUCUUUAGUUGCAGAAGCUUUGGCAUUUCGGCAUGGUAUUUUGUUGGGAUCACAUCUUGGGUUAGGGUCAAUACUUAUAGAAAGUGAUGCUCAGUUGAUGGUGAAUAUGCUUCAUGGCAAAGUAGCUAUCAGUCAAGAGAUGGAGGUCAUUAUUCAUGAUAUUCAGGUUUUGAGCAGAAAUUUUCACUGCUGUAGUUACUCUUUUGUACGUAGGGCUAGUAACAAAGUUGCUCAUGUGUUGGCUGGAAAAUGUGUGAAUGGUUCGGGGUCUUGUCGCUGGGUUGCAUCUCCGCCGUUGUGGUUACUCGAUCCUCUUUGUUGGGACGGGUCUUCCGCUUAA